AAUCCUAUUGAGGAAUCCAGUACUUUUUGCAUGCCAUCCGACAGUGGUCCUCCACCCAUAUACUCUCAAGAGUGUCCAAAUGACACUUCUUCUGACAGUGAAAUCUGCGCUGCAGAUCCUCAAAUAAUCAUCGUACCAACGACGGACGCCAUCAAUUUUCAGAGGGGAUACUUAGGAGCCGACGGGGAGCGAGCUGCAAUCGAAGGAGAACUGCAGAUUAAAGGCGCUGAGCCUAGACAAUGGAAAAAAGUCACGAUGUCUUUUCGCGUCGUAGAAGCUGCUUAUUCACGAGAAAUCGAGCUAUUUCAUUCAGAGAUCGACUUGUUUCCUAACCCGUUGGAUACUAGCAUCAUACCAUCUUCUUUUCCUUUCGCCAUUCCUCUGACUCCGGAUACACCUCAGUGUGUGCAUACUCCACAAUCUUCGAUCUCUCAUGCUUUGAUGGCCACAUUGCACCCUCUGGAUCCCCUUGGGCAGCCUAUAUCGAAAACGGUGACCGUACACACUAGACGCUAUGCAUCUCCGACAUAUACAUUGGAGACAUUGCCUGAGACUUAUGUGCUGGAAUAUCCAACACGUGUCGACGUUGAGGUGCCUCGUACAGCCUUCAAAGUUGGGGAGCCUAUUCCUAUUUACGUCACCAUUCCUCCGCCUACGCGGGAACUCGUCGUAGACAAAGGCUGGAGAAUUCGCAAUGUCAAGGCGGAACUCGUUCGCACCGUCAAGGUAAAGAAAGAGCACGAAGAAGAUAUACCUUAUGAAUUUUAUGGAGGGUUACCAUCAGAACAACAAGAUCUUUCUGCGCUUAAUGGCUCCAGUCAUGAUGGUCCUUCUUGCACUGCUGCGCCAAGUACCGAAGAUAGACCAUCAUCAUAUCAAACAACAAUCUGUCGCUCUGGCGGAUCUUGUCGGUUCCAUUCAUCAAGAUCUAUACGACUUCGAUUUGUUUUACAUCAGCCCUCUCCUUCCGCCUCUCCCCCAAAUAAUGACCAGCCUUUGCUGGAAGGAGGAUAUGCGCUACAAGAUAACGACACCCAAUGUGUUUCUAUAUCCCAGACGACUCUUCUGCAUUCUGUAACAUUUCACAUCGCUGUCCAUGUAUCAUUCGUCGACGUAUCUAGCCGCACCGAACGUGUCUUCACCGUCUCCAUCCCUGUUUCAAUCGUCCCUCCACCUGCUCCCUUCUCUGAUUUUGACACUACGCAUCCCAAGAAACGUGAUUAUCCAAUUGCAGUAACUCGGAGGCCGGAGAGCAUUGAAGUGUCUGCCCCCCGUUAUCAAGAAGGAGAAGCAGGGCCCAGCUAUGCUCCUAGUGGUGCGCCUCCGCCUUUCGAAGAGCGUGACAUUCCGCCACCUCCUUUUUUCUCUCCAGAACCAUCGAGUUCUGGAUUACCCAACUUCCUAGAAUCAGAAUCUCAGUUGUAUGCCCGUUUUGAUACCGAAGAACAUUCAGCACUUGUCGCUGCACUGGACCAUGUGAUUGAAGGCGAAGGCUCGUUAUUUGGGUUUUCUUCUUCACAUCAGUUUGAUGGUUACUCAGACGAUACGCGCGAUCCCAUUUCACCUCCACCUACCCUUGAAAUGGCAACACAUGAUAGGAACUUGUCCGACCUAAUUGAGAUAGGUCAGCCUAACCAUGAUGGCCUGGUAUCGGAGCAUGAAGACCCAGAUGCAACAGCUGAAUUGCCUCCCCCGCCACCUGCGCUGGAUGAUCCUUCUGAUCCACCUCCCUCCAUCGAUUCCGAUUUUAGGUCUCCAGUAGCCCACCCGUCUACCCCAAAUACUGCUUUCUCGCAACUUCAUCCCACCUAUCCUCACAACUCUGAACCAUCUCAUACCAUAUCUUCCGACAUGGCUAUGCAAGGUACCACACCGUCACAUGGGCACGCACCACCUCCUUAUCUUAUUCCUCACAGUGGCAGUGGAGGGGAAGAGCUAGUCGCACGGCCUCCCCCUUACAUGUUUCUCAUGCCUCCACCGGCGGACUGAACUAUAGAUGGGACUUACAUGAACCGUGUAUAUCAAGCCUGAGAUAUCUGAUAGGCUCGAGAAUAUUGGACAGACCGAACAACAUACAUCAUCGUUCAAUUACUUUCAAUUUCAUCUUGUCACACUUAGCCAAUAGAUACUGGUACUAAGAACCUGACCUGUCACUCUAGCCCAUUGCUAUAUUAUUAAAGAAACUGUUGAACUUCAAAA